AUGCAGGACCUGUUCCCCUUUGUGCUGCCGCCGCCCGACAUGGACGCCGCGACGCUGGCCUCGACGCGCCCCUUUCUCUUCAAGGGCGUCGUCGUCGUCGCGAGCCACUACGACGCCUACCGCCAGCUCGUCCUAGGCGACAGGAUGCUGGCCGAGGUCGCCCAGGCGGCCCUGACCAAGCCGCACAAGAGCCUCGAUCUGCUGCAGGGGCUGCAGCUGCUGGUUGCCUGGUUCAGCUACAACAUGAACAGCUACCAGCUGACGAACCUGCUGUACCUGGCGCGGUCCAUGAGCGUGACGCUCGGCGCCCGGGACGCGCAGGUCGGUCUCACGCCAGCCGAGGCCGCCGCCCGCAGCCUCGAAUACAUGCGCGCCUUUCUGGGCUGCUACUACCUCAACGCGCUCGUCUUUACCACGAACAAGAGGCCAGACGCCUUUAUGAACACGACCCACCUCGAUGGCUGCUGCAAGGCCGUCGAGGACGAGGCCGAGCACGCGAGCGACGUGCUCGUCGUCAAGCUCUUCCGCAUCCAGCAGCUCGCCCAGACCAUCUCGCUGACGCUGUGCGCCGACAGCGCAGCGUUUCAGUCGAUGCAGGUGCCGCUGACCAUGGUCGUGCAGUCGUUCCAGCAGCAGCUCGACCUCUUCAAGUCGACGCUGCCGGCCGCCGUGCAGACCAACUCGACGCUGCUCUCGCACAUUGCCAUUGCCGAGAUUCUCCUCUACGAAAUCGGCCUGCCCGAGCGCCAGAAGGCCGGCGCCCUCAUCCCCCACACCGACCGCCUCGGCCUGCUCUGGAACUGCCUGACGGCGGCCAAGACGUUCAUGGACAUUCGCUUUGCCGAGUCGAACCUGCGGCCGCGCUUCAUCUACCUCAACGCCUCGGACUGGCUCUUCGCCGUGCUCGUCGCCCUCAAGCUGCGCACCCUGGAGCUGCCCGGAUGGGACAUUCGCGUCGUCGACGCCCACCUGCCGCUCGAGCACAUGGUCGACACGCAGAUCCGGGACAUGGACGAGCUCGUCGCCAAGCGCGCCGAGGGCACCCAGCCCGGCGACGCGCUCGCCUGCUCGUCGUCCCAGUCGCAAGGCUUCCUCGACCCCUACGAGCGCAACCGGCAGGUCAUCAGCCACCUGAAGCACCUCGCGGCGCGGGAGCUCAACGCCCUGAGCGAGGCCGCCGGCCGCACCCCCGAGUGCGGCCCUGACGGUGGUCGCGGCCGUCGCCGCCGACGCUGCGUCGAGCCGUGCCGCGCCGAGUGCUGUGGCGCCGGGCCUGUCUGGGGGCGGCGCGCUGGCGGGGCCGGCCAUGGCGACCGACACGAUGAUGCGGGAUCUCGACGCGGCGUUCUGGUCGGAUGCGUUCUCCGACCCGAGCUGGCUGUUUGGCGAUACGGGCAAUGCGGCGGUCGCAGACAUGGACUGGAAUUAUUGAUAUGUCAUGAUGCGCAGCAAGACUGCGAAUUGGCAAGCAAAACAGCCUGGGCGUUUGGGUGGAUUUAUUGA